UUGAUCUGUCUGCUGUGUGCAUCUCACUCAAAAUCGCCGCUUUCCGACAAGAUGGAGGGUCUGCCCAAGCCACCGACCAGCGAUGAAGACAUGCGUGUGAUCCGUGAUGGGUCGAUGCCUGCGAUGCCGGGGCCGGCCAAGUUCUUUACGGGCGAGGUUCGGAUUGCCAAGUAUCUACCGGCGCCGGAGCCAUCGCGCUUGGGCGUGGCCGUGGUCCAGUUUGAGCCUGGAGCACGCACCAACUGGCACACACACCCGCUGGGUCAGAUCUUGGUGGUGACCAAGGGCACGGGCUGGACCCAGUGCGAGGGGGGCCAAAAGACGGAGAUCCGCCCGGGGGACAUGAUCUGGUGCAACUGCAACCGCCGCCACUGGCACGGCGCCACGGACACGACCAGCCUAGAGCAUGUGGCCAUCAACGAGAGUCUCGACGGCAAGCCUGUCGAAUGGCAGGAGGCCGUUUCAGACGAAAUCUACCUCUCGGCUGACAUCAAGAAGGAUUAAGCAAGCUUCCUGGGUUGUGAAGCAACCCUUUUUAAGUGUGCGUGUAUGCGUGGGUGUGUGUGCGCAUGGGAUUGAUAAAAGCGUAGGCGCAAGCCGGGGAUGGAUAUGGAUGGGAUGGGGCGUUGCAGUCAAAGCCGAGGGCGCUCCAUGUGGGGAGAGGCUCGGUAUGGUGACAUCCUCCCCUUUUUUUCUCUUUGUUCGGGAUCUGGGAUCGGGCUGCCUGAGCUAUGGGGCUGGAGGCAUGCUCGGUCUGCUUGCAUGAAUUGAUGUAUAAUGCUCG